CACACUGCACAUGCGCUCUAGUCCAGUUGUCGUGGCGAUGGUUGUCUUCAUGAAGAUCUGAGCAAGAAGAGUCCAGUUUGCUGCUCUAGAUACACUUUGUGUUAUUAAAACGAUAGUUGUGUUAUAGUUAUAGAAAACGGAGCACUUAGCAGAUGCAAAACUAUCAGAAUAUCGUGAGUUUAAUGAAGAUAAAUAUCAACGUGGCCGUGUGUUAGCAGGAAUAACUAGCGUUUGUUUUGCUAGCUAGCUAAACGUUGUGCAUCAAACUGUAUUUAAUGGACCUUAAAUAAUUAAAUACGUUCAGAGUUUGUGCACAAAAGCUGUUAUCUUGACGAUUAAAGAAAGCAAGACAAAUAACACUUUUGCUAAGUGGUUAUAAUCAGAGCCAACGACUCUCACCAGCUGCUGUGUUUGUUGGCUUGAACAACAAUGUGACUGCAGUCUGGUAGCAGUAGGAUGGACAGAGACUUGUUGAGGCAGUGUCUCACUUAUCAUGGAGAAUCACUGUUCAACAAGCUGAAAUGUGAACAAACAGAAAACCCAGACUUUCAAGCUGUGGUGGCUGACCUGUGCAAGGUCACCUGUGAAAGCAACAGUGAUGGGCAGGAUAGUCCUCUUGUGGAGCAGUUCAUUGCCAGGAAAGCAGACAUCCUGUUCUGUCCAACAUGGAAGACCGCCACUCAUCAAGAAGAGGAACAUGAGGAGGAAGACGCUGCAGAGCCAUAUGCCAUCAUGCCACCAGUGGAGUUAUUCAUGGAGGUGUCUUAUGAGGAAAGAAGAGUCAUGCUGUACAGGGACUUGGAAAGAGGAGACAUUGUGGUGGGGAGGAUCAACAACAUUAGAGAAUACGGCUUCUUUCUCACUCUGCUUUGCACGGCAGGAGGACUGAGGAGAGACAUAGAAGACCUAGAGUUGUCGGCUCUAUGUCACAUCAGAGAAAUUCCCUCCACUGGCAGCCAUGAUGAUCCUCUUUCCUACUACCAGAUCGGGGACUUCAUCAGAGCUGCAGUGAAAGAUAUUGACCGCUACCAGGAGAAAAUCACAGUUUCCCUCCAUCAGGCGUCUAUUUCUCCCAUCUUUGAGCACGUCAAACUGGGUGUCUUUCCUCGGGAGGAGCUGCCCAUCCACUACAGUCGUAGCGUUCGUGCAGCCGCUGACUCCACUGAGACGUAUGAGUGUAUACUCAAGAGUUGCCAUGGUUACCACAACCCCUCUGUAGUGGACUACCUGCUGGAAAAGGUGGGAGUUAGUGACAUCCACCCACCAUCAAUGAUGAGAGGACUACAAAGUAAACUUUUCCAAGAGGAGGAUUUUGCCUCUGCAAUCAGGAAGAAACAGUCUGCAUCGUGGGCUUUGAAGUGUGUCCGUGCAGGUGUGGACCACUUCAAACAUGGCCGUCAUGUGGAAGCCAUGAACGAAUACAACAAGGCCUUGGAUAUCGACACAAAAAAUGUAGAAGCACAGGUGGCACGUGGAGCUCUGUAUGCUAACAAAGGCAGCAUCGUGAAGGCUAUAACAGACUUUGAAUUGGCCCUGGAGAGCUGUCCAGAUCACCGCAACGCCAAGAAGUACCUCUGCCAGACACUGGUGGAAAGAGGAAAACAGCUUGCAGAACAGGAGAAACUAGUGACAGCGGAAGGAUUGUACAGGAGAGCUCUUUCUCUAGAUGACUCAAACCCUGAGGCGCAGGAGGCCCUGCACAAGAUCACAGACAUGAUACAGAAAUCGAUUCGCCUCCGAGAAGAAGCGCUGGCUAAGGAGCAGGAGAAAGCUACGAGCAGCCAGACCAGUGCUGAGAAAUUGCGUAAGAUCUUAAAAGAGGAGAAGAGGAUGAAGAAAAAACGGAAGAGAUCGGCCUCUUCCUCUUCGCCGUCCACCACUUCCUCCAGGAACUCCUCUCCUUCUUCAUCGUCUUCCUCCUCUCGCAGGAGGUCCAAAAAGAAGAAAAAGAAGAGGAGGAAGUCUGAACGGGGAAGUAAGCGCCAUCGCAGGAUCUCUUCACGGGGGAGCAGCAGGAGGAGUGAGGAGGGUAAGAGCGAGAGAGACAGGAAGGAGAAAGAGGAGGACGAGGUGGAGUGGUAUCCCGCUCCUCCCAACACCUCCGCCACCUUUCUUUACCAGAAGGGCGGCCCGGGGUUUGGAGAGAGGGAAGAGGAGGAGGUAAUGGAGAAGGAUGCCGAAGAUAGACGCAUCUCUCAGCUGUAUUCUCUGUCUGCAGCUUCAGGGGACGAAGAGUCCGACUCCUCACGCAGAGAAAGGAAGAGAAGGGACAGUGAGGAGAGCAGGACAAGGAGAGGGAAAAGCAGUCUGAGCAGAAGCCCAGAAAGAGAAGAGAGGGGGAGCAGGAGUAGUGAAAGGAGGGAUAAGAGCAGGGACAGAGGGAAGGAGGAUAACAGGAAAGACAGGAGAGACAGUGACUCUAAGAGGAGAGGUAGCUUAGACGAGAACAGAAAGCGAAAAGUGUCCUGCUCGUCCGCUGAGUCCGCGUAUUCACGGAAAUCCAGUUCCAAAUCUGAAUAUUUAGGGAACUCCGGCUCUGCGUCAAAACGCGUAGAGAGUAGGAUGAGACAUGACUCUUACAACAGGAACUCCUUCGGUGGUGGCAGGCAUGAGAACAGAGGGCGGGAGGAAAUUCAGGAGGUAGAGGAGGCAAAGAGAGGGAAGGACAGCAGAAAGGGGAAAGUAGAAGAUGACAGCAGCAGGUCAGAUGCAGGAAACAGUAAAAGAUCAGAAGGUGCUGGGAAUCAUAAACAGAGUAGUUUGACCUCAGUGCCGGGAGGAAGGCCUAAAACAGACCUCCCUUCAAACCUGCUGGACAUUUUCAGUCAGAUUGCCCAGUUUGAGAAGGAGAAAGGAGUCGGGCCAAAAUAAUAACGCAAAACCAAAAGUCCAGGAUGUGCCCGAUACUAGUGAAACAAGACUGUGAAACGGAUGUUUGUACCAUGAAUUCAUUCAUUCAUUCUGGACUGCGCGUCAAAGCUAACACUGUUGAAGCAGUGGCCAAAUGUGUCAUUGAUCGAAUGUUCCCAGUUGUUGUACCUUUAGUGUUAGAGAAAACGCCUGAGUCAUUUUACUUUGAAAUGUCUUAUGUUAGAUUUAAGGUCUGUGAGCAACUGUUGUAGUCAAAAUGUAUUAAAAUGUUCAUCUGAACUUGUUGAAAAACUAUAAUUUAAAUUAAAUACUUUCCCAAAUAACGUGAUAACAUGUUAUCUGGUGAUUAUUAGUGUAUUUCAAGAGAAGAACAUAUUC